AGUAUUUCUACCAGGUCCAGUGAGUGCGGAGCAGCAGUAUUUCUGUUAACACUUGUUAGUCUCUUAUCGUUUAGCUUUAACUUUGUGCCUUUACAUAUUAACUCGGUCUAAACGAUGGCCCAUUAUGAAGAAGUAACUGUGCGUGGGUAUGAUGAAUUCUGCAAGGCUGUAUCUGAAAGAAAAGGAAAGGAUAUUUUUGCUUAUUUCUCUGGUAAUAAAGAUGACCAAGGAAAGAGCUGGUGUCCAGAUUGUGUGAAAGCUGAGCCAGUUGUAAGAGGACAGAUGACUCAUCUUCCCGAGGGCUCUGUCUUCAUCUACUGUCAAGUUGGAGAAAGAGCUUAUUGGAAGAAUCCAAAUAAUGACUUCAAGAAGACUCUGAAGUUGAGUGGAGUUCCCACCCUACUGAGAUAUGGCACACCUCAGAAGUUGGUGGAGGAUGAAUGCUUCAAAGCAGAACUGGUGAGGAUGAUGUUCACUGAGGACUGAGGGAUCCUGUGCUGUUCACAUCACUCAUAAACCAGUAAACCAGUAAAUCUCAUCCGCCCCUGUUCAGUUAUAGCACUACUGCAUUAUUGAAUAUUGAUAACCAUUCACAAGAUGCACCUCCCACUGUGAUCUGAUGCAAAUUAGCAACUGUACUUACAAAAAUAAUGAGCAUCCUUUUCAACUAAUUCUAUGCUGGAAUAACACAGAAUGGAUGUAAUUCAUGCACACUUUUCUUGUUAUACUUUAUGUGCAAUCAGUGGACUCUGUACUGUAAUUUGAGGUGAUUUCGUCUACUCGGUUAUAAGAUUUUUUUAUUGUGACCAUUUUCAUGUGAUUUUUUUUUUUUUUGCCCUGCAGUGGGACUUGAAUAAAGUGACACUUGAUGUUGAA